UUUAACAAAGAAACAAGAAAAGUAGCAAUUACAAACCCUCUUUCAAAAUAGAAACCCUUGCUCUAUCUCCUUAUCACUGAAGUUGGAGCAGCCAAGAAGCGAUCACGGUACCACCGAUAAUAGUAACGACGGUAUCAAAACCAAACCAGACAACACGCUAAUCAUGUAUUCCGGCAAACUCUACAAACUCACAGGACCUGAUGUUGAUCUUCCUAUGGUAAUCAAACUCCAAAUCAACACCAACACUGUCUUAAGAGUAUCCAUCAAUCCUGGAAGUCAAGCAGACAUUCUCUACUGGCCCGCCUUCCUGAAGAUGGGAUUAUCAGAGUCAAUGCUGAAACCAUUUGAAGCCUAUCUCAAGGGUACUCUUGGAGAUGGUGUACCAGUCAAAGGAUACAUUGAUUUGGACACUACAUUUGGUAAAGGAGUGAACGCCAAGAUGAUCAAGGUAAGGUACCUAGUUGUUGAUGCAUGGUCUAUUUAUAAUGUUGUCAUUGGUAUACCUACUCUUAGGGUUUUGAGAGCAGUAAUAUCAGUUGCUGACCUUGCCAUGGAGUAUCCCAUUGGAGAUGGAAAGGUCGGAGUUGUUACUGCGGAUCUUGACACGGCCAGAAAGUGUCACGAAAUGUGUCCUCAUUAUGUGUGUUAGGUUUUUCUUUCAAUUUUCAACAACUAAGAAAAUAGGGUCUUAUGUAGGUUUUUUGCAAUGACUAGCUAGCAACUGUUUGU